CGAGACGAUCGAAAUGAAGGAAUAUAUCCAUCAGUGACUACAGAUACAAGAAGACUGGACAUGCUUUGUUACUGACGAUGAAAUAUACUAAUGCUGAGCUUGAGAUGGGGUAUAAUCUUUGGUAUUGAAGCAAUCUGUUGUUAUCGUUAACUGUUGUUACGUUAGAUUGUUGCAGUGCGAAGUAUUUCACAUUUUUGCACUAGGAUAGAGAAGAGCAUUCGUUCUCGAGGCAGAAAUUCAAGACAACAGAUGGCGCUGAUCUAAAAUUCUUUGACAUGUUGAGUGGUGCGUCAAACAAAUUUGAUCGUGAAAGGUUAUGUUUAGUAAGAACGCAAAAAUUAGAAAAGAUAUUAAAUUUCGAGAAAAAACAGCUCAGGCAAUCAGAAGUGACAUAACAGAUUGACUUAGUGAAUAGAGUAAAUAAUGGGAAAUCGUAUAGCUCGUUCGUUCUACGAGCUUGGUUUUUUAAUCUACUUUCUUUUUUUCACAAAAGUGUUAAGUGAAGCAAGUAAAUCAACAACUGAAAAUAUUAUAAACGUCAUGAAAAAUGAUACAGAACUAUGUACUUUGCCACCAUUUGUGUAUGAAAAUGAUAUUAUAAAGGAUUGUUCUUCUUUAAAUUAUCCUGAUAAAAAUAUAACAAUUAAUAAUCCAAAUACUUUUUUAUGCUUAGCCUUUUAUGAUACAUGGCAUAAAGUUUGUAAUUCUAAUACUUCUCAUCAGAUACCACCUGAUAGUAUUAAAUUUAAACCAUACAUUGAGAAAUUUCUUCCUACAAAAGGUCAUGAAACAAUGUUCUGUGAAAAUAUUAAAAGUGUUACAUUUACAUAUAAAAAAUUAAAACCAUUGUUAUCACCUAUACAUAUUGACAAAUCUAAUGUAUGUGAUUCAACGUGUUUUGAUAUAAAAGAAAAUUUUAAUCCACUUUGCGUAGUAUUAGCAUGGAGUAAAAGUAUUGAUGAAUACGUAAUAAAUGUGAGUAAACCUAAACAGACACAGUUACAACAUUUACCAACGAACAUUGGAGUAUCUCAGUCUAAGAAUCCAAAUUCAGAAUUAAAUAAAACACCAGAAAAAAUAGCAACAAAGGAUGCUGAUAUUCAACAAAAGAAACAAAGUUCAAUGAAACCAUCAUUGCCAAACUCAGUACAUACAUUGCCUCAGAUAAUUGCAAAGGAUAAAUCUUCCAUAAAAUCUGAAUCAGUUGAUAAUAAGAAAAAUGUUUUUGAGAAUCGAGUAUCUGAGAAAUCAGAGAAAUUACCAGAGAAAUCAGAGAAAGCAUCCGAGAAAUCAGCGAAAGCACCUGAGAAAUUAGAGAAAGCACUUGAGGAUCCAGAUAAAACACUUAAGAAUCUAGAUAAAGCAUCUGAGAAUCCAGAUCAAACACCUGAGAAUCCAAAUAAACCACCUGAGAAUGUAGAUAAAAUAUCUGAGAAUGCAGAUAAAACACUUGAAAAUCAAGAUAAAACACCUGAAAUUCCAGAUGAUAUGAAUGACAUUGAAGAAAACAAAAAAGAUAUUACUGAUAUUAAAACAAGUACAAUAUCAGAAAAUACUCAGGAUCAUGAUAACUCUGUUAAUCAAUAUGAUCCAAAUGAUGGACCUUUUCGUCUUCUUGAUACGGCAGUUGAUCAAAAUCAAAACAUACCUGAACCUUCAGAACAAAGGGAUAUUAUAUCUCAUUAUCAUAGUAGAAGAUCAGAUGAAGAAUCUCAUUUUUUCACUUACUUUACACUCGUUUUCCUGAUCUCUAUAGCAGCAUAUAUAGGUUAUCAUAAUAAACAAAAGAUACUAGCUAUUGUAUUGGAAGGACGAAGAUCGCGAAAUAAUCGUGGUAGACGACGACCAAGCACAGCUAAUUAUCGUAAGCUAGAUUGUACAUUAGAAGAGGCAGUUACUUCACAGUGUAACGCGAAUGUCACCCAUGUCAUAUAUUAAUACAUGUAAUAUAUCAGAUACUUUAAAGUAAGUGCAUAAUAGCACUCAUGUAACAUAUUUUAUAUUCAAGUAUACUUUUAUUAUAUAAGUUCGUUUCUAAGAAAUUAAUUGCUUGUUAAUAUUUAGUUGUUACCACGUUAGAAUCCACCGUUAUUAAGUAAAAUAGUAUUUAAUUGCAGUAUGAAAUAACUAAAUAUUUGUAACAUUUGAAUUAAUACCUUGUAAUUUUAUUACUUUGAACUGAAAUUUUAAUAUCAACAAAUGUAUUUUUAA